AUGGCCUCCCGACGCGAGCUUGACAUUGUUGUCAUCGGGGCGAGUGGUUACACCGGCAGGCUCGUGGCCGAAUACAUAACCCAAAAGCUGCCUACAAACACCAAAUGGGCCAUUGCUGGACGCUCAGAGACCAAGCUCAAGUCCCUUGUUGAGUCUCUUAAGCAGCUCAACUCUAACCGUACGCCUCCCACCGUUAUCACCACUGGCAAGCUCGCAACCCCUGAGCUGCUGCCCCUCGCCAAGAGAACCCGUGUACUUCUCAAUGCUGUUGGUCCGUACCAUCUCUACUCGACUCCCAUCGUCGAGGCUUGCGCCAAGUCUGGCACCCACUACAUCGAUGCAUCUGGCGAGACUCCCUGGAUCAAGUCUAUCAUUACCCAAUUCGAGUCUGCGGCGAAGUCGUCUGGCGCCCUUCUCAUUCCAGCCGUCGGCCUCGAAUCCACUCCUUCCGAUCUGAUCGCUUUCAAAGCCACUCAGCUCAUCCGUAAAGUUUGGGACUGUGGCGUUAUGGAUAUGGUCGGCAGCAUCCAUGAGCUCAAGACCUCUGGCGCAUCCGGCGGCACUAUGGCUUCAGGCCUCAAUCUAUUCGAUGCCUUCUCUGCCAGCGAACUACGCCAAGUGAUGUCCGAUCCGUACUGCCUCUCUCCAAGUCACCUGCGUCCCUACACCAAAGAGACCAUCUAUCCACGCAACCCCGAACCCAACACCUACUCGCGCACAGCUUUCCAAAAAUGGACUGGCGCGUGGUCCUAUCCCCGCCUCGGCGCGCUCACCACCUCCAUUACCGCGCGUCCCAACGAAGCUGUAGUCCACCGCUCGGCUGGCCUAACGCCACUCUUCUACGGUUUCAACUUCUCCUACGAGGAGUACAUGGCCGUCUCCUCUCCGGUCGUCGGCAUGAUUAUCCACUUUGCCAUCGCGCUACUAUCUCUCCUGCUCGCCUUCCCGCCCACGCGCUUCAUCUUCAAGCUUCUAGCUCCGUACAAACCAGGCUCGGGCCCAAAGAGCGAAGCUGGCAAGUCCGAUGUACUGGAGCUGCGCGGCGUGGCGGUAGCGGAGCAGCUGGCUAAGGUGCCGCGAAAGGCGUUGGCCGUGUUCCGCUACGAGGGAGGCAGCAUGUAUGACUUGACGGCCCUGCUGAUGGUGGAGGCUGCGCUGGUACUGCUGGACCCGAAGCAGGAAGGGGCGUUGAAGAACAGGUUCAGUGGUGGUGGGUUCAUCACCCCCAGCUGUCUUGGGGACGAUUACUGUGAGCGGAUUGUGGAUGCAGGCGUGAGGCUGGAUGUCAAGCAGAUUGGAGAUGUGGGCAGUAAAUAA